ACUAACUUCCGGUGGGAGUGCUAAAAAGAAUUUAUUAAAAAAAUGUGAAAGUACUCUUGUUAAAAGUUAGCAUAACAAUUAAAAUAUAGCCGAUUUACAUGCAAUUAUGGACACAGGUGAGAAUAGUGAAUGGUUGUAUGAACUGUUAACAGAAGUGCAGCUUGAUCAGUUCUUCACCAAACUUAGAGAUGAUCUGCAAGUUACAAGGAUUGCCCACUUUGAUUAUGUCAAAACGGAGGAUCUGGAGAAAAUUGGUAUGGGAAAACCAGCCAUACGACGGCUCAUGGAUGCAAUUAAAAGAAAGAAAACAUCAUUACGUAAGAAGACAAUACUAGAUAAGAUUUUACCAAAAGUUCCAGAGAAAGCAGGAGGAAAGAAGUCAGGCAGUAACUCUCCACGGCUGUCUGGUUACAUGGAUCAAGCACUAACAUGUCUUAUAGCCGAAAACUCUCUAUUCUUAUAUGGUAAACUUGGGAAUGGAAGUUUUGGUGUGGUGAAGAAAGGUGAUUGGACCACACCAACAGGUCAAAAGAAACUGGUAGCUGUUAAGAUACUGAGGAAUGAUGCACUGGCGUUGCCAGGAGCAUUUGAAGAUUUUGUAAAGGAAGUGAACGUAAUGCAUCAUUUGGAUCAUGCAAACCUGAUCAGACUGUACGGUAUUGUCUUGUCAACUCCUCUAAUGAUGGUGACAGAGUUAGCUCCCCUGGGUGCUCUUAUAGAUUUUUUACGGAAGGAGCAGGAUAGAAUACUGGUGUCAGAGUUGUGUGACUAUGCCAUACAAGUAGCACAGGGUAUGAACUACCUGGAGACAAAGCGAUUCAUACAUAGAGAUCUGGCCUGUAGAAAUGUGCUGCUUAUGUCAAGGGAAAAGAUAAAGAUUGGAGACUUUGGUUUGAUGCGUGCUCUACCCAGUCAAGAGGACCAUUAUGUGAUGCAGGAACACAAGAAAGUGCCUUUUGCUUGGUGUGCACCAGAGAGUUUGAAGUCGCGCCAGUUUUCACAUGCCAGUGAUGCCUGGAUGUACGGUGUUACUCUUUGGGAAAUGUUCACACUGGGACAAGAGCCCUGGUUAGGAUACAAUGGUUCUCAGAUUUUACAUAAGAUAGAUGUAGAAGGAGAGAGAUUAUCAAAGCCAGAUCUGUGUCCUAGUGAAGUCUACCAGUUAAUGUUACAGUGCUGGGCCCAAAAACCUGCAGACAGACCGUCGUUUCUAGUCCUGAAGGAUUUCCUAUGUGAGACUGAUGGAAAACUGAAGGUGCGACCGAUGGAUGUUAAAGCAUUACAAAAUUUCAAUGAAGACGGCAAACUUGUUGUGGAAGAGGGGGAUCAUAUAAUUGUGAUAGAGGGGAGACCAGACUGUUACUGGUGGAAAGGUCAGAAUAAGCGGACACAUUUGGUGGGAAAGUUUCCACGUAAUCUUGUGAACACCCAACGGAGAAAAUGUGGUACAGACAUCAGUAAACCAUUGAAGAACAGUUUUAUACAUACAGGUCAUGGUGACCCAGGUGGGAAAUCCUGGGGGAACGCUGAAUAUAUUGAUGAGGUAUAUUUACGUAAUCCAAUGGAGCCACCAGACUUGCAUGGACAGGCUCCACCACAGGACUCCCCAGAGGAUUUACAUUUGGAAAAACUGAAAAGACCAUUUGGUUAUGCAUCUAGUCGACAGUUCAACUACUCCAAGUUUCAGAAUGAACCAAACACUGAGGAACCUGUGUAUGCAAGAUCCCACAAAGUUGCCAACACCAGUCAAGACACCCGUGACCUCGAAAGGUCGUGGCCCAUGACAUCUGGUCAUACAAAGGUUUACCGUAAAGAAAGCAAUGAAAAGCCCCUUAUAGAUUUAAGUGACGAUACAGAUGGAGGAUCAGGGGCAAAUAACUCAAAUAAAGCUGCAACUCCAAGUGAGAUUUCCUCCCUUUUUGACAGUUUAUUAACUGGAACAUCCUCUCCUUAUGGAAACUUGGUUCUCCCUCAACCCCUUAUUCGGGAUUCAGGUUCCCAGCAAGACCCUUUUGAAAUAAACACUGUGAGUGCAUAUAGUAGAACUUCAAAGUCUGCAGAUGCAGACGUUAAAGUGAAACAAACACAUCCUCAAAGACAAACUCCGCCUUCACGAUCAAAACCUAUUGUGUACAGACGAACAACUUCAAUUGACAGCCAGCAUAGUCAAGACAGCUGGCAAAGCUUUUCUCCUCCGAAAUGUACAGGAAUCAAACUACCACCAGAAUACAAAAAACGUGAUAAUACUGGUUCUUCUGACACAGCUAGUGUUCAUUCCGCUUACGCACCGGCACCUGCCAAAGUUGAAAAUAGGGACAGAAAAGUUCAUUCCGCGAGUACCAGUCCUAAUAUACCGUCAACGCCAACAAAAACACAAUCAACAAAAGCUGUUCUUGAAGAGUUAUUUUCAAAAGGAAGGACGAAUGUUGCAAACAAAAAUUUACUGAAAAGUCAAAAUGUUCCAAGUCAAAGUGUAGCUGAUAAUCCCCCUCAUCAAACGAAAAAUGUUGAUAAAGCAUUUGAUUGGUUGAAUGAUGCUCUAAAUAAUUUUUCUCUAAAUAAAACUGGGAAAGCUGGUUCUGACCCAGCUUUAGCAGGAACCUCUGAUAAACCUUUUUAUGAUCAAGUGCCAGAUGAAAUGUCCUAUAGCCCACCUGCACAGCCAAAAGCAUAUCAGCAGAUGUCGUCUGCUAACCAGCAAGUUUUGACUGCAAGGGGACAGUAUCCUGUUCAGUACUGUUCAGUACCUCAGGAAGAUAAUAUCAUGAAUAAUGAAAGACCAAAUUUUAUUCCGAAAUACGAUGAAGUUCCACGGUUCGAUGAUCCAAAUGACGUGAAAUUACCAAUACCAAAAGACAUUUAUUCGCCACAGAGUACGACUUCUACCUACUCUGACUGGGAUGAUUUCGAUUCAGAUUUUGAUGAUGAAGAUGAGCAGACAGUAAAAGGUGCAGCAGCUGGAAAUGGAGUGCGGACUUCCCCGCCCCCGCUUCCUCCAAGAGACUACAGUAGUGCAGGACACGUCGGUCAGUCAGAUCAUGAUAAUGAAAGGGGAAAGAAAGUGGUAAAACCAAAUAUAUUUCCCAUUGUCCAAGAUGGACACCAGUUAAGUCAUACACAUUAUUUUCUCAUUCCAGCUAAAGGUGAAGAAGACUGUCACAGCAGAUCUAGGCGAACCACUGCUGAAGUUCGGCCGUUUUCCAUUGAUGGCAAUCAGGUGGCACCGGCUGAACAGCAUAGCUCUUCUCUUCAUGACUAUCAAAAUUUUGAAACUUUGCAAGUGCUGCCACGUGAAAUGUGUCAAGACCCAAAAUCUAAAACAGCACGUUCCUCUGAGGAUCUGUAUCGCAGAUCAAAACAUAGUCCAGGACACGAGCAUUCCUGGUCAAACCAGGCUGUUGACGUUACUCAGUCAUACCCUAAUGCAGCCAGACAUAGUCAAUACAAAAGAUCUUACUCCCAUAAUCCUGAUAUUUCAGCGUCCGAUGUGAACUGGCGUCGAGAAAAAAUAACUGCCUUACAGGAAGCCGUAAUAGGUCUGACAGAUGAAGAAUGUCACGCGGCUCUCUGUCAUUGCAACGGAAAUGUUGAGAAAGCAAUAAAACAUUUAAAAAUAGAACAGUUAUUUCGUCUAGGUCUGGCACCUAGAGAUUAUUGUCAAAGACUACUAGUUGAUACACGAUGGAAUCUGGAGGAUGCAAGUUCUGCAAUGAUUGAUAAUUAUAGAUCUGGUAAAAAAGUGUCGAUGGAAAGUGCUGUUUGAAAUUGUUAUAAUUUGGAAGUGUUGUGCUAAAAUAAUUUUAGUGAAAAUAGUGUCUGGAGGAAAGUGCUGUAUGUAAAUGAAACACUGAAAAUGAGGUUUCCAAAAACAUUACUGCCUGUGUCUGACUACCCUUGUUUUGAUAUUAAUCAUAUGGCAAUUACAAUCUUGCAAUAUUGGAACAUCAUGCAGAAAUCAAAUGAUAUUGUACACUUCCAGGUUUUUUAGCUUGACUGGAGCUUUAGUAUUCACCCAUUCAUUAGCAUCCGGGUCCGCAUCUAUAUCCGGUUCUUGCUAAGUUUUUGUAUGUAAUCUUUUAUCUCAUUAAUCACUAGUAUGAGUAGACUGAAACUUCACACACUUGUUCACUGAAAUGAUCUGACAUGCACUGCACAGGUUCCAUAAUUCUAUUAUGUAUUUUUACAUCCAUAAUUCUAUUAUGUAUUUUUACAAAGGUAAGCCCUGAUUGGACUUAGCAGUUUUUGGUUAAGUCUUUGUAUUUAAGCUGGUGUCUCAGUACCUGCUAGUGGGAAUGGAAUGAAAGUUUUGCUUACUGUAUUGUGAUGAUCUGACAUACUAUGCACAGGUUUCAUAACUACAGUUUGCAUUUCUACAAAGCUAUUCCCCCUUUUUUUUUAACCAUACAAAUUUUGGUUAAGUUUUUGUAUGUAAGCUGGUAUCUUAUUAACCACUACUGGGAAUGAAUUGAAACAUAAAAUUAUUAUAUCAUAAUUUGAUACAUAUAAAGUUCCUUAGAAAAAAAUGUUUGAAGUAGGAAGAACAUACAGAAGUUCCACUUUUUGGAAAGCCAUAAUAUAGUUAAAAUUGUAUAUCAAACUUGCUAAUGUUAAAAUUCGGGUCAUCUAGUCCCAUUAAUUACGGUCCUCCCUAAACAGUGUUUAAGUCAUGCAUGGACAUGGACAUGCUGUGACUGUGUGUUGAAGUAAAUUUGAAAUCCAGUUGUGAAAUUCCUAUGUAUUUACAUCAUGAUGUGUUGAAAUAAAAUAGAUACAGUAUUAAAUGCAUACAAAAGUAAAUGAAAACAGUGAACAAAAUGCUUUCCCAGUUGAUGUGUACUAAAAUGUAUAUGAAAUACAUGUCCUAUUUUUACAUGUUCAUAUGUAUGAGGCGAUGGCAACACUCGUAGCAAAAAUCACCUACACUUAGUAUCAUUUUUUAUGCAAGUUUUGUUGACAGAAUGUCAUUGAUAUUAACGCAGGAGUAGAAAAUAUUAUGUCUGGUAUUUGACCUUUGCAUGAAGUCAGUUUGAAGACUGGACAAUUUUAAGAUCUGGUUUUGACCUUGUCUGUCUGCACCAGGUUUUUGAUACUCUGACAUUAAUGUUUUGACUUUGACCAGAAGUCAAUGAGGAGAAAAUGUAAUUUUUUUGUCAUUUUGAACUGAAGUUCUUGUUCUGAUCUUGACCUGAAACGUUUGAGGUUUAGACAUAGUUUGACCUUGACCUUAAGUCAGUAUGAGGAAGCCCAUUACCAAAAAUUAGUGAGUGAAUGAUCCAGCUUUCAUCUUGACCUAGAGAUAAUACAAGUCCUUGCUGUUGGUACCCCGAUGUGCAAGGGAUGUUUUCUAUAGAUCUGGGCAUAAUUUUGCUUUGUUUGUGAUAUUUGUACAUGAAAUAAACAGUAUUUUGUAUAUGUGGUUUCAUUUAAAUUGCUUUAUUAUGUAUUGUGAUACUAUGUGGAUUUCUUAGCCAGUACACUGUUUGUGACAGAUUUCUUUUACAAGCACUUUUCAUAUUGUCAGCCAUUUUACACGUACAAGUCAUGUUGAGUUUUCAUUGUUAGGCAUAGUGACUGUAAAUGUUUCUGUUAUAUGUGAACUAUUGUUUACAGAUUUUAAAACAAUUUUUGCAUUUUGGAAAUUUUUGUGUUUUAACUUUAAGUUAGUACUAUACAAGAAAAAGUAUAAACUUUUGUCAGUUUGGAUAGGGAAGAUUUACACAAUGCCAAAAAUAAUUGUACACUGCAUCUUACUUUUGGAUGUGUAUAUUUGAUUUUAGUGUCUUAUGAAGUGGUUUUUUUAUUUUCAUUUCUUUUCAUUUUCACAGACACAAACAUUUUAGGAUAGAAUCACUAUUGUAGGCUUCUAUUAAUACUAUGGAAAUAGUUUUUGGAGUGCCCCUUACAGCAUGUUACAAUAAUUUUAUCUUGGUGGAUCUUGUAUUAAGAGAAAAAAAAAGAAAUGAGUCAAAAUUAGGAAAAGGACAAGGGACAUGUAAGCCUUAAAUGGCAUACACAGUGUCAAAAAUUUCCAAAACCAACAUUGUUUUCUACCAGACUGUUUAUCUUCUUCACUGAAUUUACAUACUCUUGAACUAAAUCAGAUUUUAUUUGUACAGACAUGUACAAGAUGACUGAAUAAUGCUGAAAUCACUUGCUUUUUAUGCCCCCGAAGGGAGGCAUAUUAGUUUUCAACUGUCUGUCCGUUCGUUCGUCACGUUAGCUUUUUGCAUGAAGGCACUUUACUCGUGAACCACUGCACCCAGGACCUUCAGACUUCACACGCUUAUAGUACUUAUUGAGUUCACGACCUCUAAUGACAUUGGGGUCACCAGGUCAAGGUCACAGGGGCCAAUGUUAACUUUUUGCAUAAAGGCAUUUUCCCUGCGAACCACUGCACCCAGGACCUUCAAACUUCACAUGCUGAUAGUACUUACUGAGAACACGAUCCCUCCUGACUUUGGGGUCACCAGGUCAAAGGUCAAGGUCACAGGGGCCAAUGUUAACUUUUUGCAUAAAGGCAUUUUCCCUGCAAACCACUGCACCUAGGACCUUCAAACUUCACAUGCUGAUAGUACUUAUUGAGUACACGACCCCUAUUGACUUUGGGGUCACCAGGUCAAAGGUCAAGGUCACCAGGUCAAAGGCCAAGGCGCUGCAGGGGCAUUUGUCACCAUUAGUGACAGCUCUUGUUUAAAAAGGAAUGUGGCCUUUUUUCCGUAUUAAAUACAUACAGAGUUUUUAGGAGAGAGCAGACAAAGACUGCAAGGGUGUUUUGGACCAGAAAUUAUGAUCAGUUUUUGGAUAGUGUCGAUAGCUGUGCCUAUAUUUUUUUCAGGUACUUGCAACAGUUAUAAAUAAAUUGCAAAAUAAAACAUGCAGUUUAAUAAAACCAUCAUUGUUGAUGAAAGGUAACUUAGAAGGUAUACAAUUGAGAGACAGUUUUCUGGCAGUUUUUUGGGGGCUAAAAGUGAACCUUCUCUUCUGAACUUGUGCUGAUGUAAAUCAUACUGGAUAUAAAAUACAAGUGACCAAGUACUGCAGUGGCAAUACAGAAGUCCCCCUACUGGUGGAAAACUUUCAAUAGUUACCUUGACCUUUGACCGACAAGCAUAGGUCAUUGUCUCAUCAUGGGGAACAUUUGUGUGUAGCAUUAAGAUAAUCCAUCGAUGCAUAUAAAAGUUAUUUUUACUUGACCUUCAAUAGUGACCUUGACCUUUGACCUACAAGCAUAUGUCAUGUACUUGCAUAAUCUACAUAUUGCCGUCUAUUCACAUACCAAGUUUUAUGAACCUAGCUUGAAUACUUUUUGAGUAAUUGCAUGAUUCAGAUUUGCGGACAGACUGAUGGAUGGACAGACAGACGGAGGGCAUUUGUAAUAGUUCCUAAUAGGUCAUUUUAUAACCAGUUGUAUUUACUAUUGAAAAUGUUGAAAGCUGUUGGAAAUAAUAAUGUUUAUAAACCACUGCUUGAAAAUGGUGGUGACAUCCAACAAAGGAAAUACUGUUUUUAUUCCUGUUUACACUGCUAAAUGCUUUACUUUAAUCAACAUAAUAUUAUAUUUUCGUAGUUUUGACCAAAGUGGCUAUUCCUUGUGAAAAUAUUCUUUGAUAAAUAAAUGAAUGAAAUUUUUUUUAUUUCACUGAGAUUCAGUUUCAAGGAUUAAUGAAAACACAACUUGCAUGAAAAUUAGUCCUCUUUUUAGCUCACCUGAGCAAUGCUCAUGUGAGUUUUUCUGAUCGCUCGAUGUCCGGCGUCUAUCAUCUGUCAACAUUUAGCUUGUGUAUGCAAUAGAGGCUGUAUUUUUCAAUUAAUCUUCAUGAAUAUUGGUCAGAACGAUAACCUUGAUGAAAUCUAGGCCGAGUUCGAAAAUGGGUCAUCUUGGGUCAAAAACUAGGUCACUAGGUCAAAUCAAAGAAAAACUUUGUGUAUGCGAUAGAGGCUGUAUUUUUCAAUUAAUCUUCAUGAAUAUUGGUCAGAAUGAUAACCUUGAUGAAAUCUAGGCCGAGUUCGAAAAUGGGUCAUCUCGGGUCAAAAACUAGGUCACUAGGUCAAAUCAAAGAAAAACCUUGUGUAUGGGAUAGAGGCUGUAUUUUUCAAUUGAUCUUCAUGAAUAUUGGUCAGAAUGAUUGCCUUGAUGAAAUCUAGGCCGAGUUGAAAAUGGGUCAUCUCGGGUCAAAAACUAGGUCACUAGGUCAAAUCAAAGAAAAACCUUGUGUAUGCAAUAGAGGCUGUAUUUUUCAAUUAUUCUUCAUGAAUAUUGGUCAGAAUGAUAACCUUGAUGACAUCUAGGCCGAGUUCGAAAAUGGGUCAUCUCGGGUUAAAAACUAGGUCACUAGGUCAAAUCAAAGAAAAACCUUGUGUAUGCGAUAGAGGCUGUAUUUUUUAAUUGAUCUUCAUGAAUAUUGGUCAGAAUGAUUGCCCUGAUGAAAUCUAGGCCGAAUCCGAAAAUGGGUCAUCUCGGGUCAAAAACUAGGUCACUAGGUCAAAUCAAAGAAAAACCUUGUGUAUGCAAUAGAGGCGGUAUUUUUCAAUUGAUCUUCAUGAAUUUUGGUCAGAAUGAUUACCUUGAUGAAAUCUAGGCCGAGUUCGAAAAUGGGUCAACUGGGGUCAAAAACUAGGUCACUAGGUCAAAUUAAGGAAAAACCUUGUGUAUGCGAUAGAGGCUGUAUUUUUCAACUGAUCGUCAUGAAAUUUAGCCAGAAUGAUUACCUUGAUAAAAUCUAGGCCGAGUUCGAAAAUGGGUCAUCUGGGGUCAAAAACUAGGUCACUAGAUCAAAUCGAAGAAAAACAUUGUGUAUGCAAUAGAGGAUGUAGUUUUCAAUUGAUCUUCAUGAAAUUUGGUCAGAGUGAUUGCCUUGAUGAAAUCUAGGUCGAGUUUGAAUAUGGGUUAUCUGAGGUCAAAAACUAGGUCACUAGGUCAAAUUAAAGAAAAAUCUUGUGUAUGCGAUAGAGACUGUUUUUUUUCAAUUGAUUUUUAUGAAAUUUGGUCAGGAUGAUUGCCUUAAUGAAAUCUAGGUCGAAUUUGAAUAUGGGUCAUCUGAGGUCAAAAACUAGGUCACUUGGUCAAAUCAAAGAAAAAACUUGUGUAUGUGAUAGAGGCUGUAUUUUUCAAUUGAUCUUCAUGAAUUUUGGUCAGAAUGAUUGCCUUGAUAAAAUCUAGGUCGAGUUUGAACAUGGGUCAUCUAGGGUCAAAAACUAGGUAAUAUCUAAGAAAAUGCUUGUUUUAUCGCAAGAGACCAAUUUUUUGGUCCAAUCUUAAUGAAAAUUGGUCAGAAUAUUUGUUUCCAUGAAAUCACUAGGUCAAACAUAUUUUACACUGUUAUGGUGUGUUUCUUAGGUGAGCGACCUAGGGCCAUCUUGUAUAGAAUACCUUUCUAUAUACAGUAACCGUGUUCAUGUUAGGACCUUGAGCAAUUAUCUUGACCAUUGACUGGCAAGCCGUUCAAGAUUCAGGAGGUGUUUUAGUACAUCAGUAAUUAAUUUUCAGUUGUUUUUUUACAGUAUUUGACUGAUUAGUGAAAUAAAUAUGUGUUGAAGAUGGAAUGGUCAUAUAGCAAAAAGUAUGUACUGCCGAUUUAUAUAAGGAGUCGUGUAUUAAAUAUAAAUUGACAGUCCAUAGUCUGUGCUAUAUGACCUAUCUAUACUCGACAUGUUUACAAGGGUAAUAAUUUAACAAUUUAGAAAUAAAACUGAAUAUAAUGGUUUUAUAUGACUGCCUGUGUAAGACAGGGUUUUCCCAAGCCCAAGGGAUAGCAUGGGAUGGAAAAUCGAAUGCAAGGGAGGUUUUUUGUCCAAGCUGUCCCCGAGGGUUGAGAAAACAUCUGGCUAACUCAGGCAGACAUUUAAGGUCAUUUUUCUUGCCUGCCAUAAGUACAACUGCAACAUUUUCAAAGAUAUUGUAGAUCAAAAAUCCCUCGUACAUUUUGACAUUGUAAAAUGACAAAAUAAUGCGAGUAUGGGCAUGUGUAGCUUAUCUUUUCCCUGUCUGGAUAACCCUACCUUUCCUGGCUGGGUAGGAAAGAAAAUCAAUUCGUGACGACCCUGUUGUAAUGCAAACUUCAGGUCUCAGGCAGUAGUUUCAACUAUUUACCUGCAAGCCGUUCUGUAAGUGUAUAAUGUUAAUAAAAGAUUUUCAUUAUUAUAGAUUUAUUUGAAAACUGCCUCUUGCAUAAAUAUUGUGUGUUCACUUUCUUCCCUGUAUCCCUAGCAAUUUAUCAGUAUGAUAUUGCAAGCAGUGAUAGUUUACCAUUAGUGCUCCAUUCUUAUGCAAUAUUAAACUGUAGAUUUAAUUCAUACUCAGUAUGUAUUAUUUUGAACUAGUACACAAAUAUGAAUAAUUGUUUUUAUCUUGUUGAAUGUCCACUUGUUUUUGAGUGUGUACAUCAGUCUAGUGAAAUUUAAAGGUUGGGAGACCCGUCUUAAAACUCGGGAGACCAGUCUUAACACUUCGGAUUGUCAUUGGUUUAUUUAAAGGACAGCCAGUUAGAUGGUGGACUUCUGAGACUUCUAGAUUAGCUUUUGGCAGCCAGUGUAAAUGUUGUGCUUUAUUCAAGUAUUUAUUUAUAGAUUUCAAGAUAUUGAAAAAAAUGAAAAUUGUUUCUGGUAAGCAGUGCUAGUAUUUCAGUUUAAUAUGGGAGUGGGUACAUAGUUAUUGCAGAACUUUGCUUUUAAUUCUUCAUUCUGAUUUGAAUUUUGUGAUUUACAGAGUAAUACCUUGAUGCAGAUCUUGUGUAUACACUAUGUUAAUACACAGGUUAAAAAACUUUAGAUGAUUACAGGAAUGGACAGAUACUAACAAUUUUCUUGAUAUUACAUAUUGUUCCAUGUUACAUUAGCAUUCGUCAGCUGGUACUAGCAUAUCACUUUCCAUUACAAAAUCUUCAGACAAGCUAAAAUCGCAAACAAAGAAUAUGUAAUUCAAAGAAAUUGUCAUUACCAGUCAACCACUAAAAAUAUUGUUUAUCCGUGCAUUAAUUGUGAAGGAUCUGUAGUUUCAUACAAAGUUUUUGUCAGAUAAGAUUUCUUUUCUAUUUCCAAGUGCUUGAGUUUUGUUUGUGCCAUUUUGUAUGUCUAUAUAUAAAUGCAGAAUCAUUGAAAAUUUUAUAUAGAAAUAUAUUUGAACUGUUGUUUAUUUGUUAAGGUUUGAAUACUUGAUUUUAAAUACUGUUAAUUUUACACAAUUUUUGUAACAGUAAAUAAAAAGCUAAAGUUCUUAAACUAUGA